AUGCCUAGAGUGAAAAUUGAUUAUGUUGUUAGUUUUAGCAAUGAAGACCCUGGAAACCCAGCGAGUAAUCUUCUAGCACCAGAUAUAACCAAAAGGAAAUGGCUCUGCCGAAAGGGAGAAGCGACAUGCUCAGUUGUUCUUCAACUGACCAAAGCUGUUCAGAUCCAGUCAGUACAGAUUGGAGCUCACCAUACGGCAUUAGUUGAAGUGUUGGUUGGACUUUCGGAGAAACCUAACGAUCCAUUUGAGGUCCUAGUCCCAAGCUGUGUGUUCGUCUCGGCCAGCGAGUCCCGCCGAGGGUCAGGCGUGGAUCGCGUCAGGACCUUCUCCGGCGAACAGCUGAGCGCCACGCGACUACGCCCCUGGGACAGACUGCGGGUGGUGUGUUCACAGCCAUACAACAAGCACUGCCAGCAUGGCCUUUCCUUCAUCCACGUGUUCUCCCCGGAGGAAGUCGCAAAGGCUGCCGGGGGCAGAGGCCCUGUCUUUCCACUGCCUCUGGAGACCACCUCCGACGACGAAGACACUUUCCGCCCCGGAGAGCUGUUCGCGCGCCAUCGCCCUCCCACCUCGGCCGCCGCCCUCGCCACCGAUGCCAAAAUAAGACAAGCGUCGUCCAACGUGCUCAAAAACAUCUCCGACCCGUCGACCAGUUUGAGCAAAGUCCCGAUCGGUCAAACGACCUCAGAGCGAGAUUGCAGAGACACUAGUCUUUCUCACAAAAAUCACGGUCAAAAGAGUCUGAAGAGGAAGAGAGAGUCGUGCGAUAAAAGAGAAGAGAGGGAGAGCAAAAAGAAUGCUCCAAAUGAAGAAUCAGUCGAUAGGAAGCUUUCUUCCGAACGCACCGUGGCUCAGAGUGCCACAACGGACGACGCGUUCUGCGCCGGCGGCAUCCUGCGGGGCGUGGUGUUCACUCUCAGCGGCUACCAGAAUCCCCGGAGGGGGCUCCUGCGGGACGCCGCUCUGAGCCUGGGAGCGCGGUAUCAGCCCGACUACUCGCCGCGCUGCACGCACCUCGUAUGCGCGUUCCCCAACACGCCGAAGCUUCGAGCGGUGCGAGCGAGCGGCGAGGCGUGCGUGGCCGUGCGCGGAGAGUGGCUCGAGGACUGCGCCCGCUCUCGCCGUCGGAUGCCUUGGAGGCCUUACGCGACGGAGCCCCGGCCGCCGGACGUCCCGGACCCCGCCGAGGCGGAAGAGAGCUCGGGGUCUGACACGGAAGACGAGAUCGAGCGCGUGCUCCGAGCGAACGGCGACUCCGACGUAGGUGACGGUGACGUCACCCGCCUCGACUCCCCGCCGCGCGGACGAAGCUCGCGGCUCUCGCCCGACAAGCUGCUGAGCGACUGCUUGGAAGGAUGGACGUGCGGCGUCUGUGACGGCCUUCCCGAGUCGCGCCGGGCCCUGCUGGAGCGGUACCUGCGGGCGUCGGGAGCGCACGUGGCGCCGGAGGGGCGGGCGUCGCACGUGCUUUGCCAGGGCGGACACGAGCGGGAGCGGCACGGGUCGGCCGACCCCCUGCGGCCCGCCUGGCUCUGGGCCGCGCUUCGGCUGCGGGCGGCCCCCGACCCCCUUCGGUACUCCCUCUGUCGCGAUCCAUCGUCCGAGUGA